AAAACUGACAUUUACAGAAAAAUCAAUCAAAAUCAUGGACAGGCAGGGUACAACAAUUUAAAAAAUUCUAAACCUGUAAAUCGCUUUUUAUCAUGACCAAAUUUAUAGGUAAACAAAAAUUCUCGUCGAAAUAUGAUAUACCGAACAUGUAAAAUUAUCAGGCACUACAACUCGUUUAUAGAAACUGUCUUGAUAGCGAAGCGAACACCAAGAGCACCCAGCCAAAUCAAUUAUUUUCUGUCUCAGAGACACCUCAGUGAUUUAUCCUUGCCACCGUCAGCUUCUCUCGUCCAGAAUGACAGUCGGGGGACCGUCGUGUUACUUGGCACGGUCCACUUCAGCAAACAGUCAGUGGAAGAUGUUACCACGAUAGUGAAGUCUUUAAAUCCAAAUGCGAUACUCGUGGAACUAUGUAGACAAAGAGUGUCUCUGCUAGAAUUAGACGACAAGAAGUUUUUAGAAGAUGCCCAAAAGUUUGACGCUCGGAAAAUGAAGCAAGCUGUGAAAGGACAAAACAUAGUAUCUGGCAUGUUACACGCUAUGCUACUCAAAACAUAUGCAGAUAUAGCAAAGGAACUGGGAGUGGCACCCGGUGGUGAAUUCAGAAGGGCUUACCAGGAGAUGAAAAAGAUACCUGGUUGCAAGCUCUUCCUCGGAGAUCGGCCUAUACAAAUUACUAUAGCACGUGCCUUUCAGUCGUUAAGCGUUUACGAAUUAGGUCAAGUGCUCUAUCACCUGACUACUUCAAACCCUAAACCAUUAGACAAAAAUUCGCUUGAAAGGUACAAAGAUAGGGAUUUCGUGCAAGCACAGUUUGAGGAGAUUACGAGGGACGUCCCGGCGUUCAAGAAAAUAUUUCAUGUGUUCGUCGACGAACGUGACAAAUGUCUCGCAUAUUCAUUGCAGGAAUGUGUGCGAACAGUGAAUAAUCCUAGAGUAUUGGCAGUUGUUGGCAUGGGCCACGUAGAUGGUAUAAUAAAAUAUUACGGGAGAAUGAAACAAGAGGAUAUUGUACCCUUAUUAUUAGACGACUCACCAUGCUCUGAGGAACUAGUGCAUGAUGACGAGUAUGCUGAGGUAAAUGCUUGGCCGUAUGCAUACGCCAAUCGCUGUGCUCCGAUGCGUUCGUGGUGUGGUGCGUACGUAAGCAUAUUGCCUACCCUGAAACCUGGGAAGCCGGCACAGCAACUAGACUUCCAAACUCCAUUAUUUGAAACAAUAUAUUCCAUAUUGGCAGAACGUUUUGUUGAGAUAACAAGAUGCAUUGACCUACAAAAUAAAUAUUGUUCCUCCUCGACCAUAUUAUACUGUCCUAAUAAGAAAAGGUAUUAAAUAUACAUUUUAUUUUUUGAUAUUUUCGUUUUUUUACAGAUUGUUAUUUGGUUAAGCAUGUAAUAUUUAUGAAAUAAAUUGUCAUUACUA